AUAUCGUGAUAUUUCUCACGAUGGAAAGAUCCUAUUUUUCUAUCGUUUGAAAAAAUUCCCUAGUGAUGUAAAUUUUUUUACUAGAUGAGCAAAGCGAACAAAGUUUAAGUUUGAGCAAGAUUCAUCGUACAAUAAUUGUAUUCAAUUAUAUUAAUUCAUUGUUUGUAAUACAAUUAUUCGUAAUAUUUUUUUCAUAAGUUGACUAGUUAUUAUUGCUGCUUAUAUAUGGAAAUUAUAACUUUUAAACAUAAAUCAUGCUAAAAAAAUUGUUUUUGUUAAAGUGUAUAUAAAUAUAUUAAAUUAAUAAAAUAUAUAAAUUUUCUGUAAUUUAACCAGAAAAAAGAAUGUGCAAAUGGAAUUGUCACAAAGUCCUCAGAUCUCAUCUGACGAAAAAACAAAAGGAUUUGAUUUAUCAGCUGGUAAAACAUGGAUUUAUCCUGAAAAUUAUCCUGUCAGAGAUUAUCAGUUCAAUAUAGUUCAAGCAAGUUUAUACAAGAAUACAUUGGUUUGUUUACCUACUGGAUUAGGAAAAACAUUUAUUGCUGCAGUUGUAAUGUAUAAUUUUUGGAGAUGGUAUCCAUGUGGCAAAGUUGUGUUUUUAGCACCUACGAAACCAUUAGUUGCUCAACAAAUUUUUGCAUGUCACAAUACAAUGGGUAUUCCUAGUUCAGAAACUAUUGAACUUACAGGAGCAGUCAAUCACAAGCAGCGUGAAAUAGCUUGGUUAAAAAAAAGAGUAAUAUUUGCUACUCCUCAAGUUUUUCAUAAUGAUUUAGACAAAAAUAUUAUACCAAGUGAUUUAGUAAAAUGUAUAGUUAUAGAUGAAGCUCAUAAAGCUUUGGGGAAACAUUCUUAUUGUGAGUGCAUUCGUAUAUUAAAUGGAAAAAAUCAAAAUUUCAGGGUGUUAGCCCUUUCUGCUACACCAGGAAAUAAAAUUGAUAAUGUUCAUGAGGUGCUACAAAAUUUACUAAUUGCUCAUAUAGAAUUAAGAGAUGAAUCUUCUUUAGAUAUUAUACCUUAUAUUAAUAGAAGAAAAGUUGAUAUAAUUUUAGUACCACUUAGCAGCAAACUAACUGAAUACAAAGAGAGAUAUAUCAUUAUUAUGGAUCGUCAUGUUAGAAUUUUACUUCAAAAUAAUAUUCUUCGUGGACAAACAGCAAAUAUUUCAAAAGGAAGGAUAUUUCAUUUAUUAAAGGAAUAUCAAAAGAAAACGAAUAAAUCGGGAAAUGAUGGACAAAUUAUAAAGACAUUAAAUAUAUUAAUAACAAUGUACCAUGCUUAUGAACUUAUGAUUAGAGAUGGCCUUAGGGCUUUUUAUAAAUUUUAUCAAAAUCAUUCUGAUAAAUUUUGGAUGAAUGAAGAACCACAAUUGCAGAUGUUACUUGAAGAUAUUAAUACUUAUCUUGGUCCAUUCCCAGAUAUAAACAUUUUAUCUGAAGAGGCUGUAAUAGAAAUAUCACAAAAUCUUACAUUUGGCCAUACCAAGUUUGAUAAGUUAAAAGAACUACUUUUGUGUCAUUUUAAAGAUAGUCAGGAAAAACAAAGCGAUACAAGAGCUAUAGUGUUUGUUGAGUAUCGAGAUAUCGUGAAUGAAAUUUAUAUUCUGUUAUUACAAUGCCAACCAUUAAUAAGGCCACAAAUGUUUGUUGGUCAAGCUGGACAGAAACAAAAACAGCAGAUAAAAGCAUUGGAGGAUUUUAGAAAUAAUCAUGUUAAUGUUCUUAUAUCUACUAGUAUAGGAGAAGAAGGAUUGGAUGUUGGAGAAGUAGAUUUAAUAAUAUGUUUCGAUGUAUCUCAACAUUCACCGACGCGGUUAGUACAAAGAAUGGGAAGAACAGGUCGAAAACGCGAUGGACAUAUAAUUAUUCUUGUCACAGAUGGUAGAGAACACGAGACAUUAAAAUCAACAAUGGCUAGGAGAGAUUCUUUGAACUUUAAGAUAUUAAAUACGAGUAACAUUUUUUCUUCACUUUAUGAAAAUAAUCCUCGUAUGAUACCUGAUGUUUUUAAACCAGAAUGUCUAAAAAUGCAGAUUAGUAUACAACCAAAAAGUCCAGUUACAAAAAAUAAAAAUUAUAAAGGAAAAUCAAAUAAAAAAGAAAAAAAACAUCAAAAUAUCUUAAAAAGGAUUAGCAAACCAGAAUCCAAUUUUGAGUCGCAAAAAGAAGGAACUAAAUUUUCGAUGAUGAAGUAUUUGAAAGUUAAACAAAGUAAAGAGAAUGCGAAGUGUAGUUCCGAAGUAUUUAAUUCCGAGGUAAUUGAAAGUAACAAUAUUUAUAAAGAUAUACCAUUAUCAGAUGUGAAAAUUCUUUCUUCUGACAAUGAUGGCAUUGAUUUCCUUACAACGUGUGCUUUAAGAAUCUCUGAAAAAGAAGAGAUAAUAAAGAAUAAGUGUAAAAUCGAUAAAUUUUACAUACCGCCAUAUUCUUCCAUAAAAAAUUUUUUUAAUUUUUCUAUACCGGAUAUUAAAAUCCUCGAUUUUUUAAUCACACUGAACGAUGUUACUCCACUUAAUGUCAAUAAAAACGAAUUAGAUGAUGAUAAAAACGAUGACAACAACGACUUGUAUAACAAUGAAUGUGUAUUUGAAAACAUAACAGAAAUCGUUGAUGAACCUCAACAACAAUUGUCUUCUAGAUUUGAAGAUUUGCUCGAUGAUAGUAGUAAAUCAGACGAUCUAUUUUGUGCCCUUUCAAUCACUUCCGAUCGAUCUACAAAGAACGACAUGUUAGAACCAGUUGGAGCAGAAAAUAAAAAUAAUACAUUGAAAAGUUUGGAACCCGGCAGUUUUGAAGAUAUAUUAAAUGAAACAUCUGACGAUUCUGAAAUUAAUCCUAUUGAAGACUUUGAACAAACCCUGACGAAGCAUACCAAUAUUAAUAACGAUGUCAAAGUAAAAAAUUCUCCGAAUACUAUAAGACUAAAUAAUAAUUUCAAAUCAAAAGACGAUACAUAUUUUGAGGAGAUGACCGAAGUAAACGAUAGUUUUUCUUCGGUUCUGAUUAACGAAUGUAAACGCAACGUUGAAUGCAAACGUAACGUUGAAAAUAAACGUAUUUUUAGUAUAACACAAGCAGUCGAUGAAGUAUCUCGAUUAAAUUCAAAUUCAGCCAAUUCGAACGUGCUGGAUGAAUCCGAAGACGAUAUAUUUCAAGAUGAAAGCUUUUUACAGCAAGUUGAUGAUCAAUUAAAUUUUAAUAAAGAAAUCGUUAAUUUAAUUGAAUAUAAAGAUGAACAGAAUUUUGAUAAAUCAAAAAGUUUAAAUAAUUCAAACGAUCGAUCGAUCAAUACUGAGUUAAAAGUAGACGAAUUCGAAUGGAACGAUGAUUUUGAAGUUUCAACUGGCACCGUAAAAGAUCAUGUGAAAUUCAACAAAAAUGAAGAAAAACAGAAGACUGAAACAAUAAUAGAGAAAGAAACGAAUAUGGAAGCAUAUUUUUCAGAUGACGAAGACUGGAUUUCAGUCAAAAAACCAAUAAACAUUUCAAAGCAGAACGCUUCUCGAUAUGGAACCAUAGCGAAUAAAUUAGCAAACAUAGGGAAAUGUUGGAAUUCAAAACAUGAUUAUUCUAGAAAUAAAAACGAUUCAAUGAAUCAUGAUUUAACUGUAAAAGAGCAGGAAACAAGUAUUUAUUUCGUCAAUGAAUCAAGUGAUAAAAAAAGAUUUGAAAGUCAAGAGAAAAAAACAAAAUAUUCCCGAAAACGUAAUCGAAAGUUUAAAAAAACAAAAAAUGAGUUUAUACACGAGGAAGCAGAAGUUUCUUCAGACGACAAUACGACGGAUGAAAGUUCUGAAACUGACAAUGAUCUCGAAGAUUUUGUCAGUUACACGCAGAAUAUACAUGAUACAGAGGGCAUGCACGGCCAUUAUUUACAAACCAUUAGAAGCCCGAUAAAAAGACAAGGUGAUUUUCUUUUCAAGCAACCACGUCUGCUCGAUUCCAAUAUAGAUAUAUAUUCGCAGGACGUAACCGAAAUAAACGAAUCUUAUAUAAACGAUUCCUUUUGCGUAGCAGAAGAUAAAAGUUACGAUCAAGAGAUUCAGCGAGACAGCGAACUGUCUGAAUUAGACAAAGCGGAACUAAAGCUUGAAAAACUGGCACGCAAACGAAAACACAGUAAAGAAUCAGAUCGACAAUCAAAAAGGAAUAAACGAAGAAAUAUAAUAAAUUCUUUUAGUAGUAGCAGUGAAGAUGAGACUGAAAUGUUGCGCAAACAAAUAAGAGAUGAAUCGUUUCUAUUAACGCAAUCGUGAUAAUUUAGAUACUGAUAAAAUGAUAAUUUUUCUUAUUUUUUCAAAAUAAUGCAUAAGAAAUAUCUACUUAUUCAGGAUAAAGAAUAAAUUAUAUUUAUUCCAAUUUUGUAUGAUCCUCCUAUCCGAUCUAGCGAAUAUUCGGUAUCAUACGAAUUUAGAAUCACUCUUUGCAGAGAGUAUGGCGGUGUGUCAACUGUCAAAUUCUUAAUAAUGUUAAGAGUAAUGAAUUUAAAAAAAAAAACUUUCUGCUAGUGAUUUAUUUCAAUCAUCUUCCCCUGUUUUUGAGUCUUCAAAAUAUAUAAAGCUGAGUCACAAAUAUUUUGCUCAGUCCAAAUAGAAAAUAUCAGGGAAAGAUGAACAUCUUAUCCUUAAAGUAGCAAAAAGUAGAUUGUUUAAACAGGAUAUGAGAAUUUUAUAUUCAUGACGAGUUUGCUUGUAUUCUUAGCUCAAGCUUAUUUUUUAUAAUUUUUAUUUGUUUUUUAUUUUUUUAGGCGAUACUUUUCAUAACCAUAAUUUGCACAUUUGUGUCAAUUUAUAUGAUCGAUUUGCACGGUCGACUUCAGUCUUACGAAAAAUCA